UUCCAAAAUCUCUCUCUCCAUCGAACCCUAUUAGAACCCUAAAAAACCAGAGAAUCCAAAACCAGACCUAAAAUGGCCGCUCUCAAUCGGAAGCGACGAAACAUUUGCAUAGCCGUAUUACUUUCCCUAAUCCUGCUCGUAAUCUUCAUCCUCAUUUUAGCAUUUACAGUUUUCAAGCCCAAGCAGCCCACCAUCACCGUCGAUUCACUUUCUUUGCUCGAUCUCAACAUUUCUCUGAACGCAGCGAGGUUCGGCGUCGAUCUGAAUUUGACUCUGAUUGUGCAACUCACCCUCGAGAAUCCGAAUAAGGUAGCCUUCCAACACUCCGAUGGCACCGCCGUCGUGAGUUACAGAGGCGAAGAAGUCGCAGAAGCGCCGAUUCCGUCCGGUCGGUUGUCGGCCGACGGGACAGAGAAAAUGAACCUAACGCUGACGAUGAUGGCGGACCGGAUGCUAGCCAAGUCGGAGCUGUUCUCCGAUGUGCUCACCGGUGAACUUCCGAUUAGCACUUUCGCUCGGCUGGCCGGGAAAGUGACGGUGAUCGGUGUUUUCAAGAUUCGUGUUGUGGCAUUGUCGUCUUGUGAUCUCACCAUCAACAUUAGAAACAGAAACGUUGAGGAUCAGCGAUGCGAAUAUCGGACUAAGCUCUAAGAAUUUCCGUCCAAGUAGUUUUUUGGUUCUGGUUUUUGGAGGUGGAAAUCGAAAAUUAAACACAAUCCUAGGGGUAAAUAUGGAAAUUUGUACAGUCCAAUAGGCGUUUAGCGAUGCUUGUGAUGGCCAAUGCACAGCGCGUGACUUGUCUUCUAACGACGGAGGGUAUAAUAGUAAAUUGGCGUGUGGAAACUUGUUUUUUUAAAAUCUU